CCCGGCGGCGCCGCGGCCCCACCCUCGUGCGCAGGCGCGGAACCGUUGCCUGCUGAGCGGUUGUGGGGCGAGCGUUUUGCUGCUUGUGGUUUGGCCAGCUUGACAUCCUGGCGACCGCCAAACCUCCGUGCCGCGCCUCCUUGGCCGCGGCGGCCCAAGCCUCCCCCGAAGUGACACUCGUGGUGGUAGUCCACGGUGGCGGAGCCAGCAACAUUUCGGACAUCCGGAAAGACCGGGUGCGCGAGGGCAUUGCCAAAGCGGCAACCGAGGGCUACAACAUUCUCAAGGCCGGAGGGAGUGCCGUAGAUGCCGUGGAAGAAGCCGUGGCUGUCCUGGAAAACGACCCCGAGUUCAACGCAGCCCUUGGAAAAUGCUGUACCUCUUUCUGGCCUCCAUGGUUUCUGCUGAGAAAUCCUUUGUCAUUAUAAUUGGUUUUCCCCUAUAGGUUGUGGGUCUGUCCUGAAUGUAAAUGGUGAUGUUGAGAUGGAUGCUAGUAUCAUGAAUGGGAAGGACCUGUCUGCGGGAGCAGUGUCUGCCGUGCGCUGUGUCGCCAAUCCCAUUAAACUUGCACGGCUCGUUAUGGAAAAGACACCUCAUUGCUUUCUGACUGGCCAUGGUGCGGAGAAAUUUGCAUCAGACGUGGGGAUACCAGGGGUUCCUGCAGAAAAACUGAUCACGGAGAGAAGCAAGAAGCACCUGGAGAAAGAGAAGUUUGGGAAGGGGAUGCAGAAAACUGAAUGCUUUAAAAACUCAGGAACAGUAGGUGCUGUUGCCUUGGACUCCAAAGGAAACGUGGCUUAUGCAACCUCUACAGGGGGGAUUGUCAAUAAAAUGGUUGGCCGAGUUGGAGACUCACCUUGCAUAGGAGCUGGAGGUUACGCAGAUAAUAACAUCGGAGCUGUUUCAACCACUGGACAUGGGGAAAGUAUCCUGAAGGUGAAUCUGGCCAGACUCGCCCUCUUCCAUGUUGAACAAGGAAAGAGCGUAGAUGAGGCUGCUGAGUUGGCAUUGGAUUAUAUGAAGUCAAAGCUCAAAGGUCUAGGUGGCCUCAUCUUGGUCAGCAAAACAGGAGAGUGGGUAGCAAAGUUUACCUCUGCCUCCAUGCCCUGGGCAGCAGUGAAGAAUGGCAAGCUGCAGGCCGGCAUCGACGUUUGUGAAACCAGAGCCAAGGACCUGCCCUAAGCCCCAGAAGAUUGUAACCUGCCUGCUUGCCGGGAAGUGUGAAGUUCAGCUGCCUGGUGUGGAGACCUAGCUUAAUCAAUUAGAUGUAGACAUGGAAAACUUACUCGGUCUGUCCCUCCUUUUGUUUUCUUGAUCACUAAGUCAAUGAAUGCUUGGUUGAGGAUUGGGUUCUGAAGCGAUGGGAGAUGUCUGCCAGUGUUCAGACUAGGGAAGAUGGAAGCCCUGAGGAGGCCUUCUUUCCCAGUCUCCAUCGUGCAAGGCUAGAAAGGAGCUGCUGGAUUUUGGCCCCACAGAACUGCUUCUGAGCUGGGAGUGCUCUUUGGAUUUGGAGAAUGGUUAGGCUGGGAGGGUGUGGGAGAAAGGGCUGAAGAAAG